AGACUUCAAAGCGUGUCGGCUGGACUCUGGAGACGCAGGUAACGCAGAGCAGCAGAGGAGAAGGAGAAAGGUGGUUCCUUUGUAUGUUUGGACUGGUGAUAUGAGGAAGGUGUAGAAAUCCCUUUGUUGGGUUGUGGUUGAUUUCUGGUUUCAAGAGUUUACAGUGGUGGGUGGGGUUGGAUGAGUGCCAUGAAUACCGGGGGGCGGCUUGUUGCGGGUUCUCAUAAUAGAAAUGAGUUCGUCGUCAUCAAUGCUGAUGAUAUUGCUCGGGUGAAGUCUGUAAAAGAAUUGAGUGGGGAGAUUUGCCAGAUAUGUGGGGAUGAGAUUGAGAUUACAGUAGAGGGAGAGCCCUUUGUUGCCUGUAAUGAAUGUGCUUUCCCAGUCUGUAGGUCUUGCUAUGAGUACGAGAGAAGAGAGGGCAAUCAAGCUUGCCCUCAAUGCAAAACCAGAUACAAGCGCAUCAAAGGCAGUCCCAGGGUUGAAGGCGACGAGGAAGAGGAGGAUGUUGAUGAUUUGGAUAAUGAAUUUGAUUUCAAGUAUAAGAACUGGAGCGACCCGCAGCAUAUUGCAGAGGCAGCACUCUCAGCUCGCCUUAACGUUGGUCGUGGUUCCAUGGCUGAUGCAUCUGGGAACUCUGUACCACCAAAUCUGGAUUCUUCCUCCCCUAAUCCUGAAAUCCCUCUCCUGACCUAUGGCCAAGAGGAUGCUGGAAUUUCUUCUGAUCAACAUGCUCUGAUAAUACCUCCGUUUAUGGGUAGUGGGAAACGAGUUCAUCCAAUGGCAUUCUCUGAUUCACCCAUGUCCUAUGAUGCAGUGCAGCCCAGAGCAAUGGAUCCUAAGAAGGACUUAGCAGUGUAUGGGUAUGGAAGUGUUGCAUGGAAGGACCGUAUGGAGGAGUGGAAGAAAAGGCAGAGCGAAAAAUUGCAGGUGGUUAAGCAUCAAGGAGGAAAUGGUGGUGGGAACUGUGAUGGAGACGAUCUUGAUGAUCCUGAUUUGCCCAAAAUGGAUGAAGGAAGACAGCCUCUAUCAAGAAAGUUACCAAUUCCUUCCAGCAAGAUCAGUCCAUAUAGAUUGAUAAUAAUACUCAGGCUUGUGAUUCUUGGCUUCUUUUUCCAAUAUAGACUUCUCAACCCGAACCCUAAUGCAUAUGGUUUGUGGCUGACGUCAGUGAUUUGUGAAAUAUGGUUUGGGCUGUCAUGGAUUUUAGAUCAGUUCCCCAAAUGGUCCCCAAUUGAGCGGGAGACAUACCUUGAUCGGUUGUCACUGAGAUAUGAGAAAGAAGGGAAGCCUUCUGAGCUAGCCCCUGUUGAUAUAUUUGUUAGUACGGUUGAUCCUAUGAAAGAACCUCCACUUAUCACUGCUAAUACUGUACUAUCCAUUCUCGCUGUGGAUUAUCCAGUCGACAAAGUUGCAUGCUAUGUCUCUGAUGAUGGUGCUGCCAUGCUUACUUUUGAAGCGCUCUCUGAGACAUCUGAGUUUGCAAGGAUGUGGGUUCCAUUCUGCAAAAAAUAUAAUAUCGAGCCCCGUGCACCAGAAUGGUAUUUCUCUCAAAAGAUUGAUUAUCUGAAAAACAAAGUCCAGCCUGCUUUUGUUAGGGAACGACGGGCAAUGAAGAGGGAAUAUGAAGAAUUCAAGGUUCGGAUAAAUGGGUUGGUUGCUACGGCACAGAAAGUUCCUGAGGAGGGAUGGACAAUGCAGGAUGGAACACCAUGGCCGGGGAACGAUGUACGGGAUCACCCAGGAAUGAUCCAGGUAUUUCUUGGGCAAACUGGUCUUCGUGACAUCGAAGGAAAUGAAUUACCACGUCUGGUUUAUGUUUCUCGUGAGAAGCGACCGGGAUUUGAUCACCACAAAAAAGCUGGUGCCAUGAAUGCUCUGGUGAGGGUCUCGGCAAUCAUUUCCAAUGCUCCUUAUCUUCUGAAUGUAGAUUGUGAUCACUAUAUAAACAACAGCAAGGCACUUAGAGAAGCCAUGUGCUUCAUGAUGGAUCCGACAUCAGGAAAGAAAGUCUGCUAUGUGCAGUUUCCUCAACGAUUUGAUGGGAUUGAUCGCCAUGAUAGAUAUUCAAAUCGCAAUGUCGUAUUCUUUGAUAUCAACAUGAAAGGACUAGAUGGGAUCCAGGGACCAAUCUAUGUUGGAACGGGAUGCGUUUUCAGAAGGCAAGCACUGUAUGGAUUUGAUGCCCCUGUAAAGAAGAAAGCUCCAGGCAAGACAUGUAACUGCUGGCCUAGAUGGUGCUGCCUUUGUUGUGGGUCUAGGAAGAAGAACCGGAAAAUGAAGAUAAAGAAGGAGAAGAAAAUAAAGAAUAGAGAGCCCUCAACACAGAUACAUGCCCUUGAGAAUAUUGAAGAGGGGAUCGAAGGAGUAGAUAGUGAAAAAUCGUCCCUCAUGUCCCAAAUAAAGUUUGAGAAAAAAUUGGGUCAGUCUCCAGUGUUCGUAGCUUCCACACUUUUAGAAGAUGGUGGAGUUCCUUUGGGAGCCAGUUCUGCAUCUCUGUUAAAAGAAGCCAUCCAUGUUAUUAGUUGCAGCUAUGAACAUAAGACAGAAUGGGGAAAAGAGGUUGGGUGGAUAUACGGCUCUGUCACAGAGGAUAUCCUCACAGGAUUCAAGAUGCACUGCCAUGGGUGGCGCUCUGUAUACUGCAUACCCAAAAGGCCAGCAUUUAAGGGUUCAGCACCCAUCAAUCUCUCGGAUCGUCUAAACCAGGUUCUUCGUUGGGCCCUUGGAUCUGUAGAGAUUUUAUUGAGCAGGCAUUGUCCAAUCUGGUAUGGAUAUGGGUGCGGUUUGAAUUGGCUGGAAAGACUUUCCUACAUAAACUCGGUUGUUUAUCCUUUGACGUCUCUUCCCUUGAUUACAUACUGUACCUUGCCAGCCGUCUGCCUUCUCACUGGGGAUUUCAUCAUCCCCCAGAUAAGCAACUAUGCCAGCAUUGUGUUCAUGGCUCUCUUCAUAUCUAUAGCUGCAACAGGCAUCAUUGAGAUGCAGUGGGGAGGUGUCAGCAUAGAUGACUGGUGGAGGAACGAGCAAUUUUGGGUGAUUGGUGGUGUCUCAGCACAUCUCUUUGCUCUCUUCCAGGGUCUGCUCAAGGUUUUGGCCGGGGUCAACACGAACUUCACUGUUACAUCCAAAGGAGGUGAUGAUGGUGAAUUCGCAGAGCUAUACGAAUUCAAGUGGACAUCAUUGUUGAUAUUUCCGACAACAUUGCUGAUCAUUAACAUAAUUGGGGUGAUUAUUGGGAUUUCUGAUGCCAUAAGCAGUGGAUCUAAUUCAUGGGGCCCACUGUUUGGUAAGCUGUUCUUUGCCUUUUGGGUCAUUGUCCAUCUAUAUCCCUUCCUCAAGGGAUUAAUGGGGAAACAAAAUAGGCUGCCAACCAUUAUCCUGGUCUGGUCGAUGAUUCUUGCCUCACUUUUCUCCCUAUUGUGGGUUCGGAUCAAUCCGUUUGUCAAUAGAGGAGGCCUCAUAUUAGAGGAGUGUGGGUUGAAUUGUGACUAUAGAUAGAAUUUUAGAUGAUCUUCGAAUGUUAUGGGGAAAGGCUGUUGGGGAGCGGUUGAUGGAGUUCAUCCUCUUAGUGAAAAUAUCCCUUGCCACUACAAUUUUGUGUGGCUUUAUGUACCAGAGUCCGGGCAAGUGAGGAAACAAACAUGUUCGAGUUGGUGUAUAGAUAAAAUGGACAGGGAAGGGGAACACCUUUAUUAUUCUUUACUGGGUUUUGGUUGAUUCAUUUUUGUACUUGUUCUUAUUCUUUUCUUUUUUCCUCUUUUAUUUUUCUUGGGCUGAUUUGUGGAGGGUUGAUUUGUUUAUUAGUGCCUGUCUAUAAAUACCAAGAGAACAUUGUUUAAUGUUUGAACUAUAAUUUAUUCCCUUCUCAGCAAAGGGUUGAAUACAGAGGAGUCUCCAAAUUCAUUUUCA